AUGAUGGGACUCGGUUCCGUCACAUUCGACGAGCACAAUCCCAAUUCCGAAAAAGGCCGGGAAAAUGAUGCUCGAACCUCCAAGUCUGGCCUCGACUACUCGCCGCUGCCGCGUCUGACUGGCAAGUCGCUCUCCAUGGGCAUUCUCGUGUCCAUGGGCGGUCUGAUUUUUGGUUACGACACCGGCCAAAUCUCCGGAUUCCUCGAGAUGCCCGACUUUCUGGCGCGCUUCGGCCAGCUCGAUUCCAACGGCAACGCUUACUUCAGCCGCGUCCGGUCCGGCCUCAUCGUCUCGCUGCUCUCCAUCGGCACGCUCAUCGGCGCCCUCGUGGCCGCCCCCAUUGCCGACCGGUUCGGCCGCCGGCCCUCCAUCUCCUUUUGGGCCCUCAUGACCGCCGUCGGCUUCGUCAUCCAGAUCUCGGCCGACACGGCGUGGACCCAGAUCAUGAUGGGCCGCUUCGUCGCCGGCCUCGGCGUCGGCGCCCUGAGUCUGCUGGUGCCCAUGUACCAGGCCGAGACGGCGCCGGCGUGGAUCCGCGGCGCCAUGGUCUGCGCGUACCAGCUCUUCAUCACCAUGGGCAUCUUUCUCGCCGCGUGCUUCAACUUCGGCACCUACCACCACCAGAUGCACAACUCCAGCAGCUGGCGCAUCGUCAUCGGCCUCGGUUGGAUCUGGACCGUCGUCCUCGGCGUCGGCAUCCUCUUCUUCCCCGAGACGCCCCGGUUCGACUACCGACGAGGAAAAACAGAAGAAGCGAUCAAAACAUUGUGCGACGUCCACGGGGCCCCCAGAAAUCACUACAUUGUCCACACCCAAGUCGCCGAGAUUGAGAGCAAGCUGCACGCAGAGUCCAAGAUCAAGAAGGGCCACAUCGCCGAGUUCACGUCAAUGCUUAAAGCACCGCGCAUGUUGUAUCGUUUAUCUCUUGGAGUUGCCCUUCAAUCUCUCCAGCAGCUCACCGGCGCGAAUUUCUUCUUCUACUAUGGCGUGAGCAUCUUUAAAUCCGUCAACAUCGACUCCUUUAUCACGCAAAUCAUCCUCAACACCAUCAACUUCCUUGUCACUUUUAUCGGCCUCUAUAUCGUGGAGCACUUUGGUCGCAGAAAGUCUCUCAUUGCAGGCUCAGUUUGGAUGUUUAUCUGCUUCCUCAUCUUUGCCUCCGUUGGCCACUUCUCGUUGGACUACAACAACCCAGAGAACACCCCCACGCCUGGUAUUGUCCUCAUCGUCUUUGCCGCGCUCUUCAUCCUUGGCUUUGCCACAACAUGGGGUCCUAUGAUCUGGACCAUCCAGGCCGAACUCUUUCCUUCCCGGUACCGUGCCAAGGGUAUGGCCAUUUCCACUGCUGCCAACUGGAUCUGGAACUUUUGCAUCGGCUUCUUCACGCCCUUCAUCACCGGGGCCAUCGACUACCGGUACGGAUACGUCUUUGCCGCUUGCAACUUUGUCGCUGGCUUUGUCAUUUACUUCUUCGUCAUUGAAGGCCAGGGCCGUACGAUUGAGGAAAUUGAUACCAUGUACCUUGAGCGUGUCACGCCCUGGAAGAGCGCCGAAUGGGUCGCACCCGACGCUGAUCAGAUGGAACAGAUCCGUCGCAAAGCCGGUAUCGAUGUUGAGGCGCUUGCUGCGCAAAACGAUGAGCACUCCAAGAUUGCUGGCGAUCCCCAGGGCGGUGUUCGGGUUGACGGCACCAACAUGGAUCACGUCGAGUGA